UAUUAGUUUGUUAUUUCUGUGCUAGUUCUUAUGUUGCCAAUACACUAAAAUCGAUUUUAAGUACGAUUUUCACGGUGCACCCAGUGUCAUGAGACCUGCGCUUAUGUAACAAUUUUGCCUUAAAAUAGCAUAUCGGUCAGUGAUAGGAAUUGUUUACCUGAAAUAAAGAACAAACAGAGAAAGCAUAACCGAAAAUGUUACGACGCUGCUCAAAACACCUUCAGACGAUAUACCGGAGGCAGGGCUUCCGGUUCCGGUCGAUGGAGGUGCCCAAGAUCUGUGGGGUAUACUCGGCCAACCAGCUCGUCAAGCCCCGAGUGCUGGCCCGCAAGCAGGUGGCUUCCAUACACAUCACCAACCCAUGCUACGCCGAGGUGGAAGUCAUGACCCCCAGUUUUCCUGACUCUGUAUCUGAAGGCGACGUGAAACUCGACAAGAAAGUCGGAGACGCGGUCGCAGCGGACGAAGUCGUGCUAGAAAUCGAGACAGACAAGACAGCUAUACCCGUCAUGGCACCUGACAACGGAAUCAUCAAAGAGAUCUACGUGAAAGAUGGUGAAACCGUGAAGGCUGGUCAAAAGCUGUUCAGGCUGGAGAUAACCGGAGCUGCUCCGAAGAAAGCAGCCGCUGCACCAGCUCCAGAACCUCCGAAAGCUGAAGCUCCUCCGCCAGCAGCUGCAGCACCUCCCCCACCCCCACCCCCACCACCAGUAACACCCCCAACACCCCAAGCACCCCCCAAACCAGCUCCAGCACCCCCCAAAGCAGCACCAGCCUCAUCCAUCCCCGUCGCAGCCAUCCGUCACGCACAAGCAAUAGAAACCGCUUCCGUUAGAGUACCACCAUCCGAUUACAGCAAAGAAAUAGUCGGUACACGAAGCGAGCAACGAGUCAAAAUGAACCGAAUGAGACAACGUAUCGCUGAACGACUCAAACAAGCUCAAGACACCAACGCUUUACUCACAACGUUUAACGAGAUAGACAUGUCUCACAUAAUGGCUUUCCGGAAGAAAUUCUUGGAUGCCUUCACGAAAAAGCACGGAGUGAAGCUCGGGCUUAUGUCACCAUUCGUUAAAGCUUCGGCAAAUGCAUUAAUGGACCAACCAGUCGUCAAUGCUGUUAUAGAAGGCAAUGAAAUAAUAUACCGUGACUAUGUAGACAUAUCCGUUGCGGUUGCAACACCAAAGGGCUUAGUGGUGCCGGUCGUUAGAAAUGUACAAACGAUGACUUAUUCAGACAUCGAGUUAACCAUUGCUGAUUUGGCUGAAAAGGCUAGGAAAGGCAAGCUAACGAUUGAAGAAAUGGAUGGUGGUACGUUCACUAUAAGCAACGGGGGUGUGUUCGGUUCGUUAUUGGGUACCCCGAUAGUUAAUCCACCGCAGUCAGCCAUACUCGGUAUGCAUGGGAUCUUUGAACGACCGAUUGCGUUGAACGGUCAAGUCGUUAUCCGACCGAUGAUGUAUAUAGCCCUCACGUAUGACCACAGAUUGAUUGAUGGUCGUGAAGCCGUGAUGUUCCUGAGGAAAAUAAAGGAAGGUGUGGAGGACCCUGCAACGAUCAUAGCAGGCUUGUAAAUUAUAGUAGUGUUAUAGUUGGUAUCAAGUUUAAAGAGCUAUUAAUUUAUAUCAUACUAUCACUAAUAAUUUCUCGAUAGGGGAUAGU